AAGUAGUUGACUGCCUUGCUUUUGCUAGCUUCACUUUGUCUUCAUAAAAAAAAAAAAAAGUACAAUGGGUGUGCAGGGACGAUCAAAGAUACCAAAAAUAUUAGAAAAAUGUAAACACAUACUGGAAUCCUGCUCCUAGCCACCUAGACUUCACGUGUUUAAACAUGCUGCAGACUAUUGAUGUUGCCUAAUGGUGUAUCAAACGAGAAGAAAACCAUGCGUUUGUAAACUGUCAAAAUUUUUAGGUUAAGAUUAGAUGGAGAACUUUAUGUUGUUCACAAAGAAUGCAAGGCAAACUUUUCCACAGUAUGGUCAGCAGGAUUUCCAGUUUAUACAACAAAACAGAACCAUUGAGGGUUAUUCUCAGGGCAACAAUACAAUGACAGAGAGAGAUAGCAUCAUUCAGAUGAAAGGAACUGAUUUGCCGCAUGGUGGAAUGACCUCAAGCAAUCCUGGCACCCCACAACGUAAAAUUCACCUGCAGGAAGAUGAGACAAGGGCUUCCCGGUAUCAAAAUCAUGAGGAAGUUGAAUCAGCUCAACCCCAGCAGUUCCAUCAUCCCCACUUUCAUCAUCACCAUCGCCACAGUACCACCUCCAUGAGUGGAGCAUACACUCUACGCCAGUCCCCAAGAAGCAUGUCUGUUAACGAAGGGAGCGAACAGGGCUCUAAUAGCUCAUCCCACUGCUCACGGUAUCCAACAAAGACCAGCUACUCUUUGGAUGGCUCUGCUACAUUUAUUGACACGGAACCAUCUUCAAGGACUGGCCCUUCUUCAGGAAAAUGGAAUGUUGCAGUUACCGAUCUUGACCAGGCCAUGCAAGAGCUAGAUGAAGUAAGAUUGAGGUCACUUUUUGGGGAUCAAAUGCUUAGCAAUAUCAGUUUUGGGUAUACCCCUAACAGCUAUGGGACCAAACUUGAAUACAAAGAGCAAGGUGAUGAGACUAACCUCGAUGAUCCAGUCAACGUCACGUAUGUGAGCAACAUUAAUGUGUCAAAACUGGAAGGUCGAGCAUUAGAAAAGAACUCCCAAGUACAGUCUGGUGAGAAAUAUACACCCAAUGUCAACUUAGAUGAUGCUGUCAAGCAUCCAGUGGACUUGCCUCACAAGCUACGCUUCAGCCACUCAGAGGUAUUUGAUGGCCAGCUGUUACUGCAAUGGUUAUCCAGUCACUUUGACUCAUCCCACUACCUCAGCUUGAUUCUGACCAAGCAUGAUAUUGCUGUGCUCAUGUCACAGUUCUGUACACACCUACUUGCAGCAGGUGUUCUCUCCCCAAUCCAGGGACAACAAAGUCUACGUGAGCCUUCUUUCAAGCCCAAUGGUCAUUACUACUGGACGAAGCAGGACCCGUCGCAGGCGCCGGCUGACCUGCCUGGCCGCCUCCACCCUACGUGGCCACCCAACCUGGGAGAGGAUACCAGCGUCCGGCCCGCCAAGUACACAGAAGAGGAGCACCAGUCGGCCAUGGUGUUGAUGAGGCGAGAGUAUAACAGCGAGGUGGAGAGACUACAGAAAGAACAUGCUGAGGAAUUGGAGCGACUGCAUGCGGGCUACUACAUACGGGUUGAAGAUUUGCGUGCUGAAGUCCGUCGUCUUGAACAAGAAGUAGAGAAGUACCGCCAGCUUGCUGGUAUAGAGCGCCUGGCACAAGCAGCACUUUCCCAUGCUCAGGCAGCUCAAGAUGAAGCAGGGUUCAGAGAGGCAGAUGGAGACAGUUCCAGUUCUCGGCUCAGGAGCUUGGCCAGCACAAGCGCCCACAGUACAGGAGAACAGAAGUCGUAUCAUUCAAAGAUAGCUACUCCAGAGUGUGUAACAACUAACUAUGAAAAUCGUAGCACAGACUCCCCUGAUGUCAUGCCACCUCUAAAGACACCUGUGGAGCUGACUGAGGCAGGAUGCCUCCAAGAGUACGACCAGCCCUUUGCAUCAGAUUUAUAUUCCCAGAUAUGCACCCCAACACAUAGGCCACCUCCACCACCUCCACCCCCUCCGCCGCCACCACCACCACAGACACAUUGUGUUCCACCACCUGUUCCACCACCACCACCACCUCCUCCUGCCAUGGGAAGUGGAGCACCCCCACCACCACCACCUCCAGGAUGUCCACUACUUGUCUCUCCCUUUGGAGUCACAUUGCGCAAAACACCUUCCAAGCCCAUUGUCAAUCCUAAGUCACCAAUGAAACCUUUGUUUUGGAAGAGGAUUCAAGUUCAUAAUUUGAAGCCAGAAGCUCCAUCUGAGAAGGGUUUGUUCUGGGAAUCUCUAGAAGAAGCCAGACUGGACAUGGAUGAGUUUGAUGAUUUAUUCUCCAAGGUUUCUGUCGUACCAUCCAAAAGAUCCACUUCCACCAAACCCAAAGCUAAUGCUAAAAAGCAGGUUGCCAAAGUCAUUGAUGCAAGAAGAUCUCAAGCGGUUGGAAUUCUCCUUUCCACCACCCGACUAGAUAUGUCAGAAAUAGAACAUGCCAUUUUGCAUCUUGACACAUCUUUACUGGACAUUGAAAAAUUCAAAGCAAUCUAUGAGAAUCGCCCAGAUGCCGAUGAAAUCAAAUCCAUUAAGAAACAAUUGGAAUCUCAUCCAGAUAUUCCUUUGGACAAACCAGAACAAUUUCUGCAUGACCUGAACAAGAUACCAAACUGUGCGGACAGGAUCUUUUGCUUUAUUUUCCAGUCUGCCUUUCAGGAAAGCACGUCUGCGAUAGAAAAUAAGCUCAACAACCUAAAGAUGACAUGUGAGAUGCUUACUGAAGGACCUGCUAUCAAAAAUAUUUUUGGCUUGAUACUUGCCCUUGGAAACUACAUGAAUGGAGGAAGCAGAACAAGAGGACAGGCAGAUGGUUUCGAAUUAGAUAUCUUACCCAAACUGAAGGACUACAAAGCUAAGGAUACCCGAACAUGCCUUCUUCAAUACCUGGUCAUGCAAUAUGUACGUAAUUAUGAAAGAGAUGAUGCUGGAACUGACAAGGUUAAGCUUCCCUUGCCAGACCCCAGUGACAUCGUCCAGGCUGGGCUGGUCAACUUUGAGGACAUGGAGAAAGAGUUGGCUCGCAUCAAGCGAGAUUUUGAAUUGGCAGAAGCAAAGGCAGCAGAGGUGCUACUAAAUGCAACCGAAGAGAACAAAGAACCAUUUCAAAGUGUAGUGCAAGCUUUCUUUCAAAAAGGAAAGCUUGAUCUGGCAGAUCAAGAAGAAAUGUUGAAAAAUGUUUCAGAGAGGUUUCAUCAGAUGGUCAGUUUUUUCUGCGUUAAACCAAAAGACGGAGAGGAAGAUGUGAAACCUGAGUAUUUCUUCUCUCUCUGGCUUUCCUUCUGCCAGAAUUUCAAAGAUUACUGGAAACGAGAGCAGCAGAGAAUUGUCAAACUUAGGAUGAGAGAUGCUGAAAACAGGUUGCGCAAAAUGCAGGAAAACAAGAAGGCGGUGGAAACACGGGCAAAGACUGCUGGAGGACUGAAGGACAGGUUGUCUAAACUAACAAAAAAAUGAGCACAAAUGAAUCAAACAGAACACCUUUAAAAAAUUGAAAGUCAAAAGAAUUUAAAGAUGUGGAUAUUUCUGGGAUCUCCACAUUUUUUUCAUGCAACAGUCCUGCCAUUUUUAAAAAAAAACUUUAAUAGGUUGUGAAUAACAGUAUGAAUGAAUACAUGUUGAAUUCAGCUUGUUUCUUCUCUAUUUCGGUGUGAAUAAACUGUGCUACAGGGAUUUGAAACUGUGAGUGUGACUGUCUCAUCUUGGAAGGUAAGGCCUGAACUGGAUGUACAUAUAAUAGAGGGCCAGCCUGUUGGUUUUCAUGCAUCAUUAGAAAAUAAAUUUCAAAAUGUGGGCUUUAUACAUUUCCACAUUAUCAACCUUUGUAUGGAACAAUAAGAUUUCUUCUCAGUUUAUAAAUUUUAAAAAUUGAUGAGUAGCUCACAAUUUAUAGAGAGAAGAGGAUCAAAUCACUACCCACUGAAAAUUGUUUCCAGAUUGCAGUACAGAAACCCUGGUGGGUUUUUUUUUUUAGAUGCAUGUGGACUGAUCUAGUUGCUUGAUUGCAUGAGUUAUGAUGGCCUUUAAAUAUUUUUUGUGGAAUAUCCAGGCUGAAUGGUUAUUGUGUGUGAAUAUGGUUAAGUGACCAGUAGCCUCAUGGAUAUUUUUUAAUAUUCCCAUGGGAGAAAAAGGUUUUGUUUAAAAACUAUUUUGUGCGAACAUCAGUUGGGUACAAUAUUGUAUUUCAGAGUAUCUGAUGUUGCAGUGUAUUCAAGAUUUUUAUCUCUUGAUUCAGCAUAGGCAUCACUAGGUGAGAGUCGCUGUUGUUAGUUAUUGUGCCAACCUUAGCAUCUCUCAGAUUAGACUGGCUGUUAAAACUUAAACUACCUUCACUUUAUGAUUUUAUGAAUAUUUUAACCAAGCAAGAAGUGUAUAAGACACAUGUCACAGAUCUGAAAUAUGCAUCUCGGUCUCUGUGGUGUGUGUAUGAGUUUGUGUUAAAAGAACCCAUUAAGUCCACUACUAUAAGAGCUCUCAUUACUGGUAAGAAAUGAUCGUGAUUUACUCAGUGUAAAGUGAAAUGUGCAUAGCUGUACGCAUAUAUUUUUAGUGAUUUUUCACACAUUAUGUUCAACAGAGAGUUAUAUGUUGUGGCUUAUUGCCACACUGUUUAUUGCUGUAAUUUAUAGCAUGAAAAUAAAGAAAACUGCAAAUUUGUUUUAUGAAAAAAUGUAUCUGUGAUGUGUUUCAAACCCUCUUUGGGAAUGUUGCCCUGUUCAUUAAAUGCAUAAUUCUUUAGCUAGCAGAACCACCCUGUGUUACUUGGCAAUUAAAGUUUCCAAGAAAGUAUAAAAACUAGUACUACUACUUAAUAAUACUAGUAGUAAAUAUGUUCACAAGUACCUUGAUUUUUACCAGCAAACUUCAAUUUGUUAAAUACUCUAAAUCGAAAGUGAUUGACAUACAACUUCCCAUUGAAAUAUUCCCAGAUGACAAAAAUUAUGAAACUGUUGAUCGUGUGGCAUGGUAUUUAAGUGUGCAUGUGUGCACAACUGUGUGUGGUGGGUGAAUGGCGCAAGAUUUGAGGGCACUACACGGGUAGUGUAAGAAAGAAUUGAAAAUACAAUUCUUUUUUAUUAUUUACAAUACAAGUGAAUUGUUGACAACGAACUGACCUUAUUACUACGGGGUGGUUCUAAUUGUUAUGUAAUUUUUUUCAUCACUUGACGUUUUACAAAAUUUUGAUAAUCAGUAUCCAUCCUAAAGUAGGAUUCCAUUUUCAGCCAAAUUGUUUAUAGAAAUAAAAGAUUGUAAUUGA